AUGGUGGAAAUUAAAAUUAGAAAUGUGAAUGAAAAUGAUAUAAAAGAGAUUACAAAUAUUUAUAAACAUUAUGUUUUAAAUGAAGUUUGUACAUUUGAAGAAGAGGUACCAAGUGAAGAAGAGAUGAAUAAAAGAAGGUCAAUUAUUGUUGAUAAGAAUUUCCCUUACAUUGUUGCAACAACAACUACAACCACAACAACAAUAAUAAAGGAUGGAGCAAAUGAUAUCACUAAAGAAAUUGUUAUCGGAUAUGCAUAUGCAUCAUCAUUUAGACCAAGAGCAGCAUACAGAUUCACAGUUGAGGAUAGUAUUUAUAUUGAUAUUAAUUAUCAAAAGUUAGGUGUUGGUUCAAUAUUAUUAAAAGAAUUAAUUUCACAAUGUAAAGAAAAAGGUUUUAAAGAAAUUAUUGCAGUCAUUGCUGCUGGUGGACCAAACCAAGUUGGCGGUUCCUCAAUUAAAUUACAUAAAAAAUUUGGUUUCGAUAAUCAACACACUUUAAAGAAUGUUGGUUACAAAUUUAAUCAAUUUUUAGAUACUGUUUCACUUCAAUUAUCAUUAUAA